AUGGCUCGUUUUUGUCGUUGUUGUCGAAAUUUUUGUCACGAUUUCAAAGCAUUUGCUGUUCGAGGAAAUGUAGUCGAUUUAGCUAUUGGUAUUAUUAUUGGUACAGCAUUUACUAAUGUAGUUCAAUCACUUGUCAAUGAUAUAAUUACACCUCCAUUUGGUUUGCUAUUGGGUGGUGUUGAUUUUGUUAAUUUAACAAUUAAAAUAAAAAAUUUUGUUUAUCAAGAUCAACCACCUGUUGUUAUUCGUUAUGGAAAAUUUAUUCAAACAAUAAUAUCAUUAUUAAUUAUGGCAUUUGUAUUAUUCUUUGUUAUUAAAGGUAUUACUAAAUUACGUGAGCUUACAGCAAGAAAACAACAAAAAGAAGAAAAUAAAAAAAUUGAAAUAAGUGAAGAAGUUAAAGUAUUAUGCCAAAUUCGAGAUUUAUUAGCAAAACAAUCUUCAACUGAAGGAUAA